AUGAGUUACGCUAAAAGAGACGAAGAUUCAGGAGACGUUAAUGUCUUUUCUCAAAUUAACAAGUCUACAGUACUCCAGGAAGCCCGUGCUUUCAACGAUUCACCCAUCAAUGUUAGAAAGUGUCGAUUACUGUUGACCAAGAUCGUCUAUCUACUUUCUUUGGGCGAGCCAUUCAACGUACAAGAAGCAACCGACCUCUUCUUUAAUGUCAUCAAGCUCUUUCAAUCCAAAGACACUUCCCUCAGACAAAUGAUGUAUUUAGUGAUCAAAGAGCUAUCAGGAAUUGCUCAGGAUGUGAUUAUGGUCACUCAAUCUUUAAUUAAGGAUAUUCAGUCCAAGCAGGAAACCAUCUACCGUGCUAAUGCUAUCCGUGCCUUGUGUCUCAUCACGGAUCCCUCCAUGAUUCAAGGUAUCGAACGUAUCAUCAAGGCUUCCAUCGUCGACAAAAACCCCUCUGUCUCUGGCGCUGCUCUUGUGUCAUCUUACCACUUGUUUGGUGCUUCCAAGGAGAUUGUCCGUCGCUGGGCAACUGAAGUGCAAGAAGCUGCUUAUGCUAAACAAUCCAGUGGAUUCGCUUCUGCUGCUUCCAGUUAUAUCACUAGUUUUGGUGGCUCUUCUCAACAAAAUCAAGCUGUCAUCUCCACCAGCGGCAUUGCUCAAUAUCAUGCUAUUGGUCUGUUGUACCUCAUUCGCCAGCAAGACCGCAUGGCUAUUGCCAAGUUGGUUCAAACUUUCUCUGGUAGUGGUCGUGGUGGUAACAGUGGCACCCUCAAGAACCCUGCUGCUGUGUGUAUCUUGAUCAGAUAUGCUUGUAAGGUCAUGGAAGAUGAGCCUGGAUCCACCAAACGCAUUUACGAGCUUUUGGAGGGCUAUUUGAGACACAAGAGUGACAUGGUCAAUUUGGAGGCUGCUCGUGCAAUUUGUGAAAUGAAGGACGCAUCAGCCAAGGAACUCUAUCCCGCUAUCUCUGUUUUGCAGCUUUUCUUGUCUUCUCCCAAGCCUACAUUGCGUUUUGCUGCCAUCCGUAUCUUGAAUGCUCUCGCUUUAUCCAAACCUUCUGCUGUCUCUCCCUGCAACUUGGAUAUCGAAAACUUGGUGUCUGAUCAAAACCGCAGCAUCGCUACUUUUGCUAUUACAACACUCCUCAAAACGGGUAAUGAGGCCUCUGUGGAUCGUUUAAUGAAGCAAAUCUCUAGCUUCAUGGGUGAGAUUUCCGAUGAAUUCAAGGUCAUUGUGGUAGAAGCCAUUCGCUCUCUCUGUAUGAAGUUCCCCAACAAGCAAGCUGUGAUGCUCAACUUUUUGAGUGGCGUCUUGCGUGAUGAGGGUGGCUAUGAGUUCAAGAAGGCUGUUGUAGAGGCCAUUUUCGACAUGGUGCGUCAUAUUCCUGAAUCAAAGGAUGCAGCUCUGUCUUACUUGUGCGAGUUUAUCGAGGAUUGCGAGUUCACCAAACUGUCUGUCCGAGUUCUUCACAUGCUCGGCACUGAGGGGCCCAAGACGCCCACACCUACAAAGUACAUUCGUUACAUUUACAACAGAGUCAUUCUUGAAAACUCGAUCAUUCGUGGUGCUGCUGUCAGUGCUCUUGCUAAAUUCGGUACCAACUGUCCUGAUGCUAGUGUCAAGCAAAGCGUCAAGGUCUUGUUGGCUCGUUGUCAGGACGACGUGGAUGAUGAAGUGCGCGAUCGUGCUACUUUGGCUCUGGAGAUGAUGAAGAAUGAUCAAUUAGCCAAGCUCUACAGCGUUGAUGACUCCACCUUUGCUCUUCCCAUCUUGGAGCGUGAAUUGGUCGAAUACGUCAAUCUUGGAAACAGCAACACAAAGGCAUUCAACUUGUCAAGCGUCCCUGUCAUCAGCAAAUCGCAAGAAGAAGAAGAGCGUCGUCGCAACAGACCUCAAGAUUUGACCACUGUCGCUGCCGCUUCUCCUCAUCCCUCCUCCACACCUGCUACACCUCAAGCAGAUCACAAGUCAAACAGCCAAUUGGAUCAACAAGCUGCUUAUGCUGAUGCCCUGGCUACUAUUCCUGAAAUUGCUGCCUUUGGUGCCUUGUUCAAGAGUUCAGCAAAGAUCGAGGUCACUGAGAGCGAGACAGAAUACGCUGUACACUGCAUCAAGCACACUUUUGCCAAGCACAUUGUGUUCCAAUUCAACUGUGUCAAUACUUUGAACGAUCAACUUUUGGAGGACGUUGAGAUGAUUAUGCAAAUUGACGACGAGGAGGCUGGUUUAGUGCGUGUAUUGGAGAUUCCUGCUCCCAAGCUGGAAUAUGACAUUCCCGGCCAAAUCUAUGUUGCCUAUGAAAGAGAAGAUGUAGAUGAUUUCCCUGUUGCCUCCUUUACCAACACACUGAAAUUCGUUAUCAAGGAUUGCGAUCCCACUACUGGUGAACCUGAUGAAGAAGGUUAUGAGGACGAAUACCAAGUGGAAGAGAUUGAGUUAUUGACCAGCGACUAUAUUCGUCCUACCUAUGUCUCCAAUUUCGAGGAAGAAUUCCAAACUUUUGCUGAGGGAGAGGCCAUCGAAACAUUGGCAUUAGAUCGUGAAAAGGCACCCAGUCUUCAAGCAGCCUGCACUGCUAUCAUAGACUUAUUGGGCAUGCAGCCCCUGGAUGAUACCUCUUUGCCACGCAACCCCAACGUUCAUACAUUGAUCAUGGCAGGUACAUUUUUGACAGGCGAGAAGGUAUUAGCAAGAUGCCGCAUGACAUUCAACUCUUCUUCUGGCGUUGCUUUUGAAAUGUCUGUGAGAAGUGAAGAUGCCACUAUUUCUCAAAUUGUUCUCUCUGCCAUUGCUUAA